UAUUGUCUUUGACGCCCAAAUGGUUUUGUAGUGACUCGUUCGAUUUUCGUUUACUCUGACGAAAAUUGAACCACACCGGCAUGUUUUUCUUUGCUAAAGCGAAAGAAGAUUCGUCCUCGCCCGAGUCCUUGAGUGGUAAACCGCCGCCACUGCGAAGGCAUGAUACUUUUGGGAGUGCCGAAUUGUUUGAAGCUUGGGCAAAAGAUUCAUUUAUCAACCAAAGCACAAUUGACAUUUUGGUAAAAACGCAUCAAAUUGAUUGCUUGCCCGCGGUUCUGGCUUUGAAGAAAGAUGACUAUUCACAGUUAAAUUUACCAGUUGGUCAACGAAGACUUCUCGAGAGUGCGGUCGAGAAACUCCGCCAAGAGUAUGAACUGGUUCAACCGCCGACCCCAAAAGCAAAGAUUAAUCUUGAAAUGCCGGUUUAUAAAUCGAUGCUGGAGAUAGGGGAACUAGCAGAAGAAGAGAAAACUGGUCAAUACGAGGACAACCAAUUAUCCCGUAGGCCACAGUCCACGGGGCAUUCUACUCAAAGGAUAUAUGGAAAAACACGAAGCUACGUUGAGUCUGGUACUGAAAAAAGCGACAGCGGACCGGAGAAGAAAGCUCUACUGGUUUCCGAACAGGGUAAAAUUUUAUCUCAGACGACACCAAAGUCAGCACAGAAGACAAAAGAUGGUAAGUCGUCUCCGAGACAAUCGCAAGAAAAAACAGCCACAAAUAAUUACACAGAAGAUAGCAAAGAUGAUGACGAUAUGAACUCGCCAUGCGCAUGUCAGAGAUGGCUUUUUACCACCCUACUCAUGCCAAUAUUUGCUGUUUUAUCAGUUAUUGGAUUCGUUCUUGUUGUUUUACUCAUGCCGUUUCGUUUAUGUUGUCCUCAAGGUGGAGUUUACACCAAUGUUGUAACAUUUAUAUUUGAAGUAUUUAUGAUGGCUCCCUGUCUCGCAUGCAAGUGGGCAAGAGGUAAAAGAACACCGCAAGCUAACUCUGCCUCGAAAAAGCCUCGCUAUGGUGGAACAGAUGAUUUGGAGCUUGGCGACAAAUGACGAACGCUGCAGUACGAUUUCUGUGAAAUUAAAUCUACGAACAUGUCUAAUUUUCGCUUCCUGCAAAUUUUUUUCAGGCCGCAAUACCAAAGGGAGGGUUCUGAAGGAGAAAAUUAAUCCUUUACACCCUAACAUCAGUAUGCAUAUUCUCCAAUCUUUUUUUUUUGUCGUUUUCUAAGGUGAUGACAAGGAGAAUUUGUUUAACAAUCAAGGGCUUCUAUGGUUGAUCACCAUUUAUUUUAUUGUUGUGAUCUUUACGUUUGAUUCAGGGCUGAUUUUGUACGGAGAAAUCAGAUGCAAGGUACCCUUAGGGUGAAAAGGGUUAGUGGAGACGUGGGACUUGUCCACUCUACGUGAGGAAAAUGGGAUGGGUAGCUCUUCUUUUUCUUUACCACGGGAAUGCUUUCUCAUGCGCUAGUGUCCUUUGCAACUGAAUUACCCCUCUACAAUGCAAGUCAAGUCAGAUAAAAGAUCUAUUUUAUUUCACCAAAUUGUGCCUUGCCACUGAAACAAUCAGAACGGGUCGUCAUUAAUAUUUUUAACCUACUCUGUGCCACAGCAUUGUUUACGGAAGAGGUUCUUAAAUCAGAGUUGGGAGACACGAAGGGCACCCAGCACUUCUGGAAGCAUGUCCUUAAUCGACAAACAUAAAAUACAUGAAGUGAGCAAGUUACCAAUAAGUCUGCCCGCCAUCAGCCCUUCCCUUCUGGCCUGAAAUCUAUUAAGUAAUGAAACUAACACAGAAACAGUACCCUUCCUGGGUGUGCAGAGGGGAUUGGUGUGAAGUGACAACUAACAAAAAUGUCCCCUUCGCAUCGUAUGCUAAAAUGGUUGAAAAAAGUGAAACAAUUGCUCUGAAAAACUUUGAAGAAACGCCAAGGAAACCGGCAAUGUAAUCCCGUACCAGGUACUUGACGAGCUAACUGAAGCAGAGUAGUGUGUUACAGUGACAGGGCAUGGCCCAAGGGACCCUUUCCUCCACCAAAAAAGAUUUGUUCUCAUUGCUCCUUCUUUAACUCUAUUAAAGAGGAUCUUUGCGGAGGCGAGAGAGAGAGAAAGGGUUAAUCGCUUGCUUAAAUGUAAUUGUAGUGUUCAGCUUACACAAAUUUUUGCACUUUUUAAGUCAACGUGGGUCGCAAGUCGCGCGCGCGGUGGGCCAAUGCACGUUCAGCUAACGUGUGAUCUCCAGUUGUCACUGCUCACUAACGAAACGCUCACAAGAAAAACCCAACAAACAAACAACCUGAGCUGCAAAUUCGCGCUUCUUCUGUAGGUCAUAUGAUGUCAAUGAGUAGAAAAAUAUUGUUACAUGAUGCCUCACUUCCUUUUCACAUUUAAAAUCCUUUAGCAAGAGGCUGCAUUAUUUUGAAAAUCCACCUUAAGAGAAUCAAAUACAUAUGUUAAUCCGAGAAACGGGACAUAUCCGUAUCAAGACCCAAAAAUAUUUUUGAAUACAAGGUAAAUUUUCGUUUUUUAUUUAUUAAAAAUUAAACUGGUACUUAUGUUAUUAAGUUACGUCUGAAGACUCAGAUUGAGUUGUACAUAGAAUUUUUAAAAUUCAGAAAGAAUAUGUAAAAAUUAUGAAUUUAAAAUUGCAUAUUGUCUUGUUGAGUGAACUCUGUAACCCCCAAGAUCUCUUUAGUAAUUCUCCUUACUGUCUACUCUACGAUUCUUAUGAUGUACAUUUGGAGAAUUUGGUAUUGGAUGAAAUGACAAUUCCCGAAUUGUUAUUGCAAUGAUUUUUUAAGGAGAAAUUCUGCCGCGGUCCUUCAUGGGAAUCAGAGUGUCGAUAAAGUUGCACUCCACUGGGUCACUGAGCUUUUAAUAUAAUUUGACCCGCUUAUUUCCUAUCCUCUUGUUGCGUUUCAAUGAGAGUUCACAAAAAUAAACUGUUCGCUUCAAGUUCAC